UUAACCCGUCCUCAAAAAGGUUCGAAAACGCCACCUAGCUGUAAACCAUGGAAAUACAAUGUUCCAAUCUUUAUUGAAGUUUCACUUUCCUGGUUUGCGAAGAUGUCGGCGUGAGUGCGAAGUACGAAUGCUGUCUUUCUCUCUGCGUCUCAGAACCAGAGUACAUCCACCAGAUGGCAGACUCAGACCCGUCACUACAUGUUGUGGGCCUGCCCACUGAUGUUGAGCAUGACCGCCUCAUCGACAAACUCCUGAUACAUUUCCUCCGCCCUAGCAAUGGGGGAGGUGAGGUUGUGUCCGUCACUGUCAGCAAAGGCAGGCCGCGAUCUGCCCUCGUCACCUUUGAAGAAAGAAAAGUGGCACAGAACGUGCUCAGCCACCACCCCCACAUUCUGGAGUUUGAUGGCCAGAGACAUGAACUGUCUGUCAGUUUAGCCAACCCGCAACCCAUCAACCCAGAUAAGGUUAUCCUGGCAAUGUCAGUCACUGUAGAUUGCCAUCAGCUACCACUGGGUAAGAAAGCAGUGACCAGCCUGCAGCGUCGAUUCCCGGAUUUGCACAUCAGCUUCCCCUCCCCAGAGGAGCACUGUUACACAUUAAGUGGACUGUACUCUCAGAUGCAGCCUGCUGUGGCCCAUCUCCUUCAGUUACAUGAGAGCAGUAGGGAUGGGAAUCUAAGGCCAAAGGAGGAGAAUGGAUUCGUGUCUGCAGCAUCACAGUCGGAGCAGAUGUGGCCUGAGGAAAAUGGACCUACCAGUUUACUCCCCCUGGGAACUCUGGGUUUAUCUUCAGGACAGGAAGUGGAAAACUUGGGUGCAGAAGGAGGUGCCUUGGGUUUGACCUCGUCUGGAAAUCACCUGUUGAGUAUGGAGGAAGACUUGAAAAGUGAUGCUGAGGUGGAGGAUCUCUCUCUGAUUAUGGACUCUGAUUUAUUCCAGUACCUGCAAAGGUGUGAGGAGUAUCAGUUAAUCUUAAGGGAUCACAAUGUGGAGGUGGUGGAUGCAACCGUCGAAGGGCUCACCACUCUUUUCCUUCAGGCCAGGUCAAAGGUCACAGCAGGGUCAGAGAGGGCAGAGUCUGAGGUCACAAGACGCACACUGAAGCAUCUGGCGCGAGCGCAGAAAGAGUUAAGGCAGCUCCAACAGCAGCAGGAGGCUUCCUUGCGCAGGGCUCAGUUGGGUAAGAGCACCCUCUAUCCACGAGGAGGACUACGUGCAGCCCUAGAGAACAUCCAGGCCUUACUGCCCAAACUCCUGUUAAGCCAAGACCAUGAAAAUGUGUACAUUGUUGGAGAGAGCAAGGAUGUGUCCCAGGCCAAACAGCUUCUUCUGUUGGGGUAUCGCCAUGGACAGGAGGACGUUGCCACUUCUGCUCAGUCACCCUCACAUACUCCAUUACACACUCCUUCACCAGCCUCCAGCCCCUCUGACGCAGGGGAAAGGGUGGACCCCAAACCUGCAGUGGAGGAUUCAAGGCUAGGCAAAAUGCUUCGUACCUCUGGUGGGGAUCGCAAGAUGGAGUACAAGCUGGCAGCUCGGUUUAAGAGCUCUGGAGUAAGUGGGCUGGGGUCUAAGCCUGGAGACUUGAGUGACCUGAAGGACCAAAGAGACUUGGAUGUGCAAAGGCUAUUUGCUAAAAAUGGAACAAUAUCAGCCUCAGGCAACUCAUCAGUUAGAGGGGCUGGGAUAGAUUUUGGAGCACCCCUUAUUUCGCCACCUGAACGCACUGGAGAGGAUAUUCUGUUCAGAAGCACAGAUCCACAGCCCCCUGCAGCCAUGUCCUCAUCUACGUCCAUGUCCAGCACUCUAUUUUCUGCCCUACCACUCCAAGCCCCUUUAGAUGUGAAGACUCGAACCCCAUGUGGUCCUCCGUCUGGGUCCGGAAGCAGUCUAAAGAGGGCAAGCAGUUUCUCUGGCAGGAUCCGACCAAAACAGGAGGAGGAGAAGCGGGAGCCUGGCCCAGCGACUGGCUCUGCUCCUUGCAGUAGACCCAGGUCCAACAGUAUCACUAGUGGAGUUCACUCCGCCGAGGUCAUAGUGUCACAGCUGAUGUGGGCCCACAUGAAGGAGGCAUACCGCACACGCCUGGAUGAUAUGAUGUCUGACUUACAAAUGUCAGAGAGACCAUCAGGAACAGACAGUGGUAUCAAGGUGGUUCUGAAGGGAGCAGAGUCGAGUGUUGUGAUCGCCUGCCAGCGUGAGCUUCAGAAAUUUGUUUCCAUGGUGACAUCAGACUUUACCGUUAUAGCGUUGCCUCUGUCCGAUCUGGGUGUUGUUGAGGGGGAUGAGGUGUUUGAUGCUUGCUGCAUGGAUGUACAGGCCCGAUACAGGAAGGUUAGCCAGCGAAUGGUAGGAGGGAGUCUCUACCUUAUUGGCCCUAAACUGCUGUGUUCACAGGUGGAUGCGAUACUGCGAGAGGUGUUUUCUGGAGGGGCAGGGCAAAAGGACUCUUUUGACUCCCAACCUGUCCCGAAACAACCUCAAGUCUCUUCAAAAGGUGGCUUGGAUCUUGACCACACCCAGGGAAACUAUGUGUCCAGCAGCAGCGACACAGAAAGAAAUACAAAUCGUAAGAAAGAGCUCCAGAAAGGAGAGAAACUCCCUACCCAACCUGCAGAAAGCACCCGCAGAAGGAAAAGCAACCCAUUAGAGCACACAACUGGAGGGCUUAGCCAGCCAGUUGCAAAGAAAGAACCUGUCUUCAAGGAGCAGGCUGAAAGGGGUGGUACCACCUCAGGCAGGAAAAGCAAGACAUACACAUCUCCUAGCCCAUCAGCUGAUACAAAGCAAGGAGCAGUGGCACGGUGGCCUGAUGAGAGGCCAUCCUCGUUACCUGUCACAUUGUCCAAAAGACAGGAGGUUGUGAAACAGACCAACCUUCUUCCCAGUCCCCCUCUGAUUGCAUGCAUUUGUGGGGAGAGUUGUUCACAGUUGGCACACACGGCAUGUGGGUUGAAUGUGUGUCCUCGGUGCUUGUCUCUCCAUGGCCUCUGCAAGUUAUGUUUUAAUAAAGGGACAGAGCGGGGAUCUCCUGAUCAAAAUCAAGACCAGAACAAAGACCAGCCCCAAGCUUUGGUUGGCCGAGUACAAGCACAGUGUAUACCAGGUAUCCAUGGUACCAUGAGCUGUGCGGAGCUUCCUUUCAGCCUGUCCGGCAAUGCCAAAGACACCACCGCCAAGAUCACCUACUACAUUCCUGAUGGUAUUCAAGAUGAGGGGCAUCCCUCUCCAGGAUCACCAUUCGAGGGGGGUGUUUUUGAGGCCUAUAUGCCCCUCAGUGCAAAAGGUAGAGGCUUUCUGCCACGUCUUGAGAGGGCUUUUCGGCUGGGUCUCACCUUCACCAUCUCCAUGGGCAACACCACUGGUGACAGGUUGGCCAAGGUUGUGUGGCACAAAAUUCCCCACAAGACAAAAAUGGAAGGUGGUAAGAGUGGAAAUGGCUAUCCAGACUCCAGUUACCUGAGUCGUCUGUCAGAAGCUCUGAAGGCUCAUGGAAUUGAGGAUGUGCCAGGACAGCAGUGAAUCAGGACAAAACCAAACCAUGACCAAGCAGAAUUGCACUGGAAUUCUUUCUAAAAUAGAGGAAACGCUUGAGUGUGGAAAGAUUUUUUUUUAAAUCCUUUUAGUUGUAUCUUCUGUAUUAGCCACUUCAGUAGAUUGCUUUAAUUCUGUACCAGAAAUUGUAUAAUUGAAAAUAGAAAAUAUUUUUUAUGUAUUUUUAAUGUUCAAGUGUUUUAUACCAAUUUGUACAGUAAAAACAAUCAUCCUUCAUAUAAUGUCAUGAUAUUGUGUUCAGUUAAGACGAUCUGUUUUCUUAAAAUGAUGAGCUUUGUAUGACUAAUGAAUCAACAAUGCAUCUUGAGGAGAAACUUCUGUGUCCGUCCACCUUGCCUGAUACAGACUACAAAAUCUCUGGAUGAUUGUCUCUGAAUUGUUAUUCAUUACUCACUGAAAUGCCCCCAAAAAGCCAAUUAGGAGAAGUAGCUGGGCUCAACUUGGCUAGGGACCAUCCUAUCCAUCCAUUUAAUAAAUGAGAGAAUGGA